AUGCAGUUCAAGAUCCUUACAAUCUCAAUUGCCAUUGCAGAGUUAGCAACCCUUGCUUGUGCAAGCACUAGUGAUAUUAAAAUUACCAACUAUUAUGAUUCCUUUACUUCUCAAAUUGAUCCCACAAACAUUACUGUUCCUUCCAUCAAGCAAACUACUAGUGAUAAUCCUACUACUGAAUGUACUUACUACGAUCCUGAAACUUCUUUGAUUAACAUCAACAAUUCCGAGUUUCCUACUGUCUGGGAUGUUGCUACUUCCAACGGUAUGAGCAAGUCAGCUGAAUUCCUCUCUCUCUACCAUUCAAUCGAUUGGACUAAGGCUCCCAAAAUCUCUGUCCGUACUACUGACUCUGAUGGUGGCUUGGAUAGCUCUAAAUAUGACUAUGAUACUGAUCCUGAUUGUUGGUGGUCUGCUACUACUUGUACUAUUCCCAAACUUUCUGAUGUCAAUGCUGAUAUCUACAAGUGUGAUGAGCCCGAGACCUGGGGUUUGACUUACGAUGAUGGGCCCAACUGCUCUCACAACGCCUUCUAUGAUUUCCUUCAAGAAAAGAGCUUGAAGGCUACUAUGUUCUAUAUUGGCUCCAAUGUGCUUGACUGGCCCUACGGUGCUAUGCGUGGUAUCAAGGAUGGUCACCAUAUCGCUUCUCACACCUGGUCUCACCCUUACAUGACAACCCUGACUAACAAGGAAGUUCUUGCUGAAUUGUACUUCACUCAAAAGGCCAUCAAGCUCGCUACUGGCUUGACUCCUCGUUACUGGCGUCCUCCUUAUGGUGAUGUUGAUGACCGUGUUCGUUGGAUUGCUUCUCAAUUGGGCAUGACUGCCGUUAUCUGGAACUUGGAUACUGACGAUUGGGCUGCCGGUGAUACUACUACUGUCGAAGCCGUUGAAAAGACCUAUCAAGAUUACGUUGAUAUGGGCAGCAACGGCACAUUUGCUAAUAGUGGUAACAUUGUUUUGACUCAUGAAAUCAACAACACUACCAUGUCUUUGGCCCUUGAAUACUUGCCCAAGAUUCAGUCAAGCUACAAACAAGUCCUUAAUGUUGCUACUUGUGCCAACAUCUCUUAUCCUUAUUUUGAAGACCAUGAAUGGACCGAUGUCUUGAACGCUUCCUCUUCAAGUUCUGAUGGUACCACUACCGUCAGCUUAAGCUUGUCAACUGCUACUGCCGCUGCUGCCCGUGUUAAUGUGGCUACCAGUGAUGCUACCUCAGUUGCUCCUAAGCUUGGUUUGGUUGCGGCCUUCGCUGCUGCCAUGUUAUUUUAAAUUAAAAAAGAAAUAACUUUUACUUUAUGAUUUCUUUUCGUUACAUGUUAAUCAGUUUGCUUUCUUUACUAUUUCAAUUCAUCAAAAAACAAAGCCAUCUCUGAAUAAGCCUUAAUCUGUUCCCAAAUAAAGAAAUAAGGGCUUAAUGUUUACUAUUUUGUCCAAUCGCUCUAGAAACGUCUUAGAAUAGACAGAUUUUAUUCUGGGAUUUAUCAGGUUGUCCCAAGUGCUAUAAAUAAACCUUGC